UGCUCUAUAUCUUUAUUUAUAUCAAUUCUAACAUAUCUUCAGGCCAAUCUCCCUAACUUGCGGCGGCUCUUCGUCGAGGCCCGAACAGAGGUCGAAGAGAACGAAUACUCUCGGACAGCGUUCUACAAUCUGGUGCUUUUCAUCUCAUCCGUCGCUAUCUUCAGUUUGGCAGCUCAACGCAUGAGUGGGCCCAAGGCCGGCCGGUGA